AUGGAUUUCUUACGAACACCUCUGCCGACUAUCACAUGGUCAAGGGACGACGGACCACUUCCAGCAGACGCCAUUCUUGGAGACAGUAUAUUGAUCAUUCCUCAGACCAGAGUGGAAGAUACUGGUACUUACACCUGUCGGGCUGUAAAUGAGGCUGGUUCCAUCACCUCUAAAGUUAAUCUCUAUGUAAAAGCUAAGCCAUAUAUUUCGGCACCUUCUGCUUCAACGGCUGCUCUUGGUGACAGAGCUAAACUUGUCUGUGAUGCCACUGGAUAUCCGUCACCUGAUAUCACAUGGUUCAGAAAAGAGGGUAAAAUGCCGAGUGACUACCGAAUAUUCGACGGAGAUCUGUUGAUUAAUCGUGUCAGACCAGAAGAUGCAGGAACUUAUGUUUGUCAUGCCGCGAAUAAGCACGGUGUAACAGAUUCACCUGUCAAUCUAUAUGUGACCGACCUUGUACCGUACUUUUCUCAGAACCCGAACUCGUACAUUUCUUACCCAGCAAUAAAUGAUGUCUACCUCGACUUUGAUAUACUUCUCUUGUUGAAACCGGAGUCUACAGAAGGUAUGGUAUUGUACAAUGGCCAGUUUGAGGAUGGAGGCGGAGACUUUGUCUGCUUUGGACUUAAUGAAGGAUAUCCAGAAUUCCGCUUUGAUGUUGGAUCAGGUCCAGCAAUUAUCAGGGGCAAUAAUACACUUCCUCUUCAUCAAUGGCACACAAUUAAACUGACUAGAGACCGACAGAAGGGUUCUAUGAUUGUUAAUGAAGAACCAGCAUAUACAGGACAGUCACCAGGUUACUUCACCGUCCUUGACCUUCAAGGCUACAUGUAUCUUGGCUCCGUGCCAAAUUAUGACAAUAUUCCCAGAGGGACUGGAUUCAGGGAAGGAUUUGUAGGAUCUGUCAGUGAAGUUAAACUAAAGGGCGUGGACUUGAAUCUUGGUGCUGAAGCUAUAGAUAUUGAGGGUAUCGAGCCGUACAAUACAUGUAGGAGAAAUCCUUGCGUUAACAGAGCGGAGUGUUCCGUCGCUAACACAAAAUAUGGCUUUAAAUGUAUAUGCCCACAGGGAUAUAUGGGAACCCAUUGCGAGGAAGUCAGUGAAAAAUGCUACCCAGGUGCAUGUGGAAGAGGCUGGUGUCUAGAGGGUCGUUCAGGAUUUAGAUGUAUUUGUCCACUUGGAAAGACAGGAAUGAGCUGCCAAACAGACAUUGCCAUUAUCAACCCAUUCUUCAACAGGACAUCCUUUAUAUCAUUCCCACCAGCAGAGGCACCGUUGUUUGAUUUACAGAUCCAACUGGAAUUCAAACCUCAGUCAUAUAGUAAUGGUAUUAUCUUGUAUGAGGGUAAUGAUGAAGAUGGAACUGGUGACUUCAUAGCCGUUGUUCAAAACGACCGAUAUCUAGAGUUCAGGUUUGACACUGGUUCAGGUCUAGCAGUUCUCCAUAGUCGUAAUCCUAUCCGUAUAAAUGAAUGGACACGUGUUACAGCAACACGGAAAAAUCGUGACGGUACACUCGUGGUAAAUAAUGAACAGCCAGUCACAGGUACAUCACCUGGCAGUACAGUGGGCUUAAACUUGAAACUGCCCUUGUACCUAGGAGGACCUGACCCCUAUGAUGUAAUCUCAUCAAAUACUGGUGUCACUCAAGGUUUUGUUGGAUGUGUAGCCGAGCUGACAGUGAAUGAUGUGAAAAUAGACCUGUUGAAUGAUGCUAUCGAAAGCGCUAACAUUGUUGAUUGUGGAGAAAGACGUCUGUGUGCUCGUAACCCAUGUAAGAAUGGUGCCACAUGUGAAAAUCGUUCAGGACCAGACUUCAGAUGUAUUUGCGAUGCACGGUACACUGGCAAGACCUGCGAGGCGGAGAUCAAUAUCUGUUCGACUGAUUCUCCAUGCCAAAAUAACGCCCCAUGUGGUAUAACAGAUACUGGAUAUAGAUGCUACUGUCUUAUAGGUUAUUCAGGAGUUAACUGUGAAAAUGGUAAGUCAAAAACUACGGGAUGA